GAAGCCAUCCACUAAGUCAUACUGAAUAUCCAUUAGGCGUCUAAACAGUUUUAGCUUAAUCUUGCUUAGCCAGUAAAAAUGCAUAUAACAUUGUACUGCCAAGGGGAUUAUCUAUUCAAUAUACAGUUUAGCAGUGUUGCGGUGAUAGCGUUUGCGUUGCUGUUUUUCUUUUCAAUGCGAUUGGUACGAUGUCGUUUGAAUUACUUGCUAUAUGCAAGUAGGUAAUAGACUGGCCCUGUCAUCCAAGACAUCUACCCUGUCAUCGAGCUCGUCUCUUUCCGUAUAUAAUAGCUUACAAUAUCAUCGGGAGUAGCGGCCAACGAUCGUCGAUCUUUAUCUCUACAGGCGAUUUUUUGCUUUAUAGCAUUGUUAUUGAUCGCUCUAAUGUUUAGCCACCUCACUCUAUCACUCUUCAUACAGUUCGCAUGCUCUCCUAGCUCUUACGUAGAUCGAGUGGCAUCGAGGCGGCGAAAAAGAAGUCUAUUGGCGUUUGUCAAGAACCGUGGACACACGACCGUUGCCGACAUACAGCACGUUCCGCAAAACCAAGUAAUCCCGCAGCACGAAGAUAGCCAAACUGUCAGGCAUGGGAGCAGCACUAAGCUAGAAAUACGCACGCCAUCAUAACACGAAUGGUUUAUAACACGGAGAAGCAUCAUAACUGCCUCUACCUACCAUGAAAUAUGAAAGCACUGGGCCGCCGCGACACUGAUUCCGUUUACAGAGACAUUCGUUUGAUGGAUAAGGUUCGCGAGGCAGUCUCGGCGCGCGCCGCACCCAACGCUGCCGUUUCUGUGAUCUCUCUACGAUUUAUUUCUGUGAAGCGCAGCUUUAUAUUCAUUUAUGCCCGACUAUAUAAUGGGACGUCCAAAAAUUAAGGGAAAGUCAACAAGGCGUUCGUAAUGCUGCCACUUCGUGGGUCCCUGUCAAAGAAAAACUGUCUCUGCGAGUAGGGAAUAUCGCGAGCGGCGCGGACAGCGGGCGGCAAUGCGACGCAACUAAACGUAUGAAUAAAACGGGAAAUGACGACACUUCAGGUUUCAGGAGCGAACAUAAGAGCAUAGCGCGGUGGAGGGUUGGAGGAACUGGACAGACGGUGCGAGAAAAUGCGGCUCGGUGGAAUCAAGCGGCCUUUUUUUCGGAAACAUGCAUAAGGUGUUGAAAGACGAAGGGAUCAUGCGUUUAACGAGGUAAGAAGAAACACGAGUGUUUAGAAAACGGCGUCCGGAAAACAUUGGAAGGAACAAACAGAAAACUGGAAAGACAUCGGCAGAAAAGAAAGGCCUCUCACAACCAGCAUUUGUGCGAUCAUCGACGUCACCUGGAAAAGGGCGGCAACUAUCGCACGUCGAACUUCUCUCCUUGCCUGGUCUCCUAUUCUCACUGUGAUACUGUUAAUAGUUCUAUGUCACAACUGCAUACUGCCAUUUGCUAUUAUUUUUCCCACAAUCACUCCGUCAACAUUUUUACUCGGUUUCUUUGAAUAACGACGGACAAAAGUAUCCAAAAGUCAACAGUUGCUGGCUUGUCACGUUGUCAAGCUCGCCCAAACGAUCCUCGUAAUUAAGCAGAGUUCAGCUGUAAUGUUCUUCAAAGGAUAAUUCUAAUGAGGGAAGACGUCACAGGCCGCCGCAACUAUAUCGGGCUCCCUUGUUAUGUGAUUCAUUUGCGAGUUAAGAUGUAAACUGAUUCGGACCGAAGCCACUUCCAGUAAAAAUUGAGUCUUACGUAGCUCGGACUCUGUCCAGCCACUCUCGCUGCAAUGACUGACUUAUAUACCACGCGCUUAUGCCAUCUACCACGUCAGUUUUCGAGCUCAUACCACAGAAGUCCGGCAACGGUAACUGCCCCAACUCCCUUUGAGAAUAGGGUUUUAUUGCGGGAGCUUCUACGCAAAUCUGUCGACUGCAGAAUACGUUUUAAAACAGGCAAGUCAACAUUAAAUGCUCAAACAAUGGCAUCAGUUGUUGAACUCAGAUCACACGUGCGUACCAAAACAGGGAUCAGGAUGCGUAGCUGCCUCUUGAUGGCGUUACUGGUGGCCGCUACCAAGGCAAAUUUUUUGGAUAGUGAGAGUAGGAACAAAAGUGCUCUUCAAUUUCUUUGCCUAAACAAGAAACAAGAUUUUUUCAUGUGUUCCUCGAAGUCGCAAUGCAUUAACAAAAAGGCGGUCUGUGAUGGUGGCAAGGACUGUUCGGAUAACUCGGACGAGGAGGCGUGUCGUUGCGUUAACCGGAGCGAUUGCCCCAUGAGGCAAAAAUGCCAGAAAAACUUAGACUUGGCCCGAUCAGAGUGUAUUGACGACGUGCAGUGCCCCACGGGGAAGCAAUUCAACGGCGAGCAAUGCGAAGAUAUUGAUGAGUGCCAAGUAGAGAAAAACAUUUGCCCAAACAAUAGCUCGUGUGUGAAUUUCGAGGGCGGAUACACCUGCAUACAUUGUCCCAAAGGCUACAAACCAUACAUGCAUGACUGGCGAGACUUCAUCUCUGCGAACAAUUCGUUCAGUGAGCCACACGACGUUCUACGUGGUCUGUACUUGUGUGGCGAUGACAAUGAAUGCUCGAAUGCAGAUCAGUGUAGAGAGAUUUCUGGGAACAUAUAUGACCAAACGAGGAAAACGUAUUGCGUAAACCAGGUGGGAAAUUUCUCUUGUGAAUGUCCGCCAAACCAUGCGCGUGUAUACACUGAAUACAGUGAUGGAAGCGCAGACGAUGUAUGCCGCGCGAUAGGCGAUGUCCCACAAAUAGCAAUCGCUGAAAACUAUUCUAUCAGCCUGUAUGAUCUUCGUAGCAGAAAGCAGCUGAAGAAAAUCCCAGUGAAAGAGCAGGUGGUGGAUAUUGUCGCCUUCAGAGAAACAAUAUUCUACGCCUAUCCAGAACAAAUUUGGGAGUAUCAUAUGGCUAGCGAGUCACAUGUACUCCUUCUUGACUUCAGCAAGAAUGCAGAAUUCAGCAGUGAAAUUAAGCAGCUUGCCCUAGACUGGGAGAAUCUCCGAAUUUACUGUUUGACGGGUGAUGCUGUGGUCAUCGUAAAUCUUUCCGGUGAAGGCGGAAAGCUCUUUGAGCAUCGAGGAAACAUCUCUUCAUUAAUAGUUGACCCCAAUGCGCGAUACCUGUUCUAUUGCGAACACGGUUUCGUGAAACGGGCUCACCUCGACGGAAAUGUGUCCAGCCCUUCUAUUAUUUUCCAGGCUAUUCCUAGCGUUAAUGAUUUCCGAUACAAUAACGAAGAAACAUUAGCUCUCGACCCAAACCUACAAUAUUUGUAUUACAUCUACAACCGUGUCCUCUAUACCUUCGAUUAUAAAGGCGAGUACGCUGUGGUGCUCACUACGCAGGCUCCAUACAUUCGCCUGGAGCCGUUUGAGAAUCGCCUGUAUGCCAUAUACCAGUCAGGCGUAAAAGGACUUGUCAGCAUGCCCCGCAUCGGCUACUCAGUGGGAAAUUUGGAAAAUGGAGCCAGUGUGAUAGUAUUCUAUGAGAGCGCCCCACAUGCCAUAUUCGUUAUGCAUAGCUCUAAACAACCAUCGGGAUCUUCUAAUAGGCCCUGUACAAAGGAUGAGCAUGUGUGUAGCGAAAUGAGCUGGUGCUUUCCUCUACCAUCGGAAAUUACGCCCAGUUACCGUUGCUUGUGCGACCCUGCUCAUGAGUCAGGAACAGGAGACCAGCAUAACACAAAAAACAAGCGUAAUUGUAUCCCGCUAGAACUUCACCAACUGCGGCCUAAAAUUACUUCGGAUCCUGAUGACCUCGUUUCGGCUUCUAUCAGUCUAGCAGUAUCCUCUCACUUCGUUAAAGUUCCUAGCUGGGGUCGACCGUUUCACGUUAACCUCAUAAACAUUUUUACAUUCCUAGCAGUUUUCGUCAUUGGCAGAUUAUUUGAAUGAUGCAACUCUGGGUUAUUACUACAGAGAUAGCAAUGACGAAGAUUAUUGUUACUAUAUUUUUUUCUUUAGCGUUGCUAACGUAAAACAGACGGAAACACGAUUCUGCUGACUGCUAUCGUUGGAUUCGUCACUACAUUACUAUUCGUCGAUUUCCUUAGUGUCCGCACACAGAAGAAAAUCGCGGAAUGGACAACGUCUACCAACGAAUAUACGAAUUUAUAUAAUGCAUAAAGACAAAAAUAAAAAGAUAGACAGAAAUGAAAUUAUGUAACUGUUGUUGCGGGAGAAAGUAGCAGACGCCGGUAAACGCAAAGCAGACCCAUUGUUUGUAGCGUGGCUUUGCCAUCUCCUACCACGAUAGACAUAGUAGUGAUCUAAGCAUAUUUAUGUUGUACAUACAAACGACGCAGUAUCAUGUAAAUACUUCAUACUACUACAUUGGUAUAAUGGCGUAUUAUUGACAUAUUACCAUUAUUAUUAUAACUAGUAGUCACAAUGGGGCUGAACUGAGUAAAUCGGAGAAAUGGGCACAUCAAGUGUCGAGAAAAGUUAAAGAAAAGGACUGUACGAAGAUUAUUAUCAGUGCGAUGCUUCCUAUUUAGAUAAUGGAGGUGCUUGCUAUAACGGGGGGAUUUAUUUCUAUGAUAUCGCCAACAUUAUCUUUGCUAUUAUAAAGUCAAUAUGACGGGCAAUAUGGGAAGUUGACUGUUUAUGUUGCUCUGAAUACGACUGUAGUAAUGCAGUACUAUAUUAAACUUAUGUUGGUUGUGCAUGGUAUAACGUGUAGAGAUAUGAAGUUUCGUUAAGUUACCGGAGAUUCCUAAAAACAAAUUCUAUGAUACAUUACUUUUCUAGUAAAUCUAAAAAGCUACUAGUAGAACAUGAUGAUAGGUGCAGUAACGCAGAGGAACUGUUAAGGAAUUUGUGUCACUAAUGAGACGACGCCAUGAUUUUGCAGCUAUUUUAUUAUGAAUCCACGAAACCUCUUCGACUUUAAUACGCGACAAAUAUCAAUAAAAUCAAACGUCUCCACUAGUACUACAAUAAAGAUACAUGUUUUUCAUAUCAGCUC